AUGCUAGAAUUUUAAAUUAAAGCAUAAAUUUACCAUUAGUGUAAAUAAAAAUCCACUUUUGAUUGGAUUUCAAAAUUCUUCAUACAUAUUAGAGCGUUGAGCGAGUAUAAAAAUUUACCUCAUUCCAAUUUUAUCAUCUAUGAUGAAGAAUUUUAGUUUAUUACUUAUAAUUUCUAGAGAAAUAUGCAUAUGUCUUUAGAAGAGCUUUUUGUAUAUGCAAAUUAGGCAGAAUUUAAAAAGUUUGCAAAUUAGAUUUAAGGUGUACUAGAUGAUUAGGAUAAAAUAUUCUAAGAUGAGAAAAUCUAUAAUCAUUUAUCAGUAUAGAAUUUAGAUUCUUCAAAAAUUUGGUUUGAGAUGGUAAACAAGAAAAUUUUCAAUGUAUAUAUCCUAAACUUUGUCCCCUAAAGCAAGGAGGGCAAGAAUAUAUCAGACCUCUAGAAUUAUGUUAAAUAUCUAUUAAAAAUAAAACCUGAUGUAAAUUCUAAUUAAAAGAACACAAAGAAAAAUUUUGUGUAAAAAAUAAAUCAAGAUAUUGAAUCUGUGAAAUUAGAGGGCUAUUCAAUUUAAACUUUGGUCACCAAGAAGUUAAAUAUGGCAAUUAAUGCAUUUUAUAAAGGAAUUUCUGAUCAAUAUAAUAAAUCAGAGUUUUUAGAGAAUUUUGAAAGUAUUCUUGUAUAAUCUAAAAAAUCUUUUACUAAAGUAGUUGAAGGACUAAAAUCAAUAGCAAAUUAACCCUAACUAUAAAACCUGCAUGAUAAACUAUCAAGUUUCAUUAAGAAUGAGGAUAGCAGUCAAGCAAAAUUAGAAUUAAUAAUAAUAAAAGUAAUAUAGAAAUAUAAUCUAUUUGAUAAAAUCUUCUCUAAAGUUUUCAAUGAUAAAAAUCAAAUUAAUAAAUUUAUCAAACAGUACCUAAGAGAGCAAAUAUAUACCUGCCUAUAAUAAGAAAACUUGCAAAUCAUUCCAUAUCGCAAAAUUAUUAUUUAUUUAACUAUUUUGAAUUUCAAAAAGUCAACAGCUGACUUGGAAAGACAAAUUUAAGACAUUUUUUAAUAUACUCAUGAAAGAUUAGCUAUAUUUAAAUAUGAAUGGACUGGAAAAAUAAUUUCAGAUUACGAGAUGCUGGAAUUCUUUCUAGUAGAGCAAACAAAAGUACUUAAAAAUUAAAAGUUUAAGAUAAUCAAUAAGAAUCUGCUAUAUUAAACUAUAACAUAAACUUAAACUUACAAAGAGAGAGUAUCAGAUCUCUUGAAAGGACUUGAUGUUUUAAAAUUGCAUUUCAAUAUGGAACUCAGCACUUUAGCCAAAAAUUAUUUUGGCUGCUAUUAAAUACAUUUAAUGAAAGUUUAAAAUAAGAAAGUUAGUAUAGAUGAAAUAAUGAGUGCGUUGUUUUUAGAUCUGGUAAACUUUCAAUUAAAAUCAAUAACUAUUGAAUGA